AUGGGCGAUUGGCUAUCCGAAAUGACCAUGACCGUACAUGGUAGCGGCAAAGUAAAGCAGAAGCCUACGAAGAGCACCAAUGGCACGACGAGCCUCGAAGACCGGAAGAAGAACGCCAUGUACGCCGAUACCUUCAUCCAAUGCCUCGAGCCAGCGAUACCAAAUCUAGUCAAGAACAAGACGAAGCUCGCGGUGAAUGCUGGUGCUUCAGAUACUGAACUUCUCGCUGAAGUUGUAGUCGAUAUGUUGGAAAAAGCGGGUGCUGGUCACCUCAAAGUGGCAUGGAUAGAAGGAGACGAUGUGACUGGGCAGGUCAACAGUCUUAUCAAAAAGGGAGAGAAGUUCGAAAGCUUAAUGCAUGGCAAGAAGCUGGAGGAAUGGGGAAUGGAGCCAAUCUGUGCACAGGCGUAUUUGGGUGGACUUUGCAUUGCGGAAGCUUUCCGACAGGGUGCUGAUAUCGUGCUUGGUGGAAGGCUCGCAGAUGCUGCGCCAGUCAUUGGUGCUGCGGC